CCGUGGGUAAAAUUGCCAUACCAGUUCUGACACAACAUCCGACGAGUCGCUUGGCAGUUCGCCUUCCGUCCUCAACGCCGCUUCGCCGCCCCCGCUUAUCGUCGGCGACCGCAACGCUUUUCUGGCUCUGCGCGAUUCAGGAUCACCCACCGACGCUCAAAUUGUUCUUUGUCAAGUGGGAUUGUGAGAGUCAAUUUCAUUCAUACAAAUGGCAAAGCUAAUCUCAACCAAAAUCCUGAGAGCCAUGACAAGUUCCUUUGACAAUGCAAAGAGUGGAUUUGGUCCAUAUUGUCUCCAAUACAUGACAUACUCAACCAAACAAAAUGGCGAUUCUGAUUUUUCCACCUCUACCACAUACCCAACGAAGAUAACAAGCGAUGCAGAUACACAUGAAGACUUUCAGCCAACCAACAAAAGGACUGGCUCUUUGCUGGAUAUCGUGGAGAAGGAUGUGAAAGAAAGUCCAGUGAUGAUAUAUAUGAAGGGUCUGCCGGAUGCACCUCGAUGUGGAUUCAGUGCAUUGGCUGUGAAGGUCUUACAGCAAUAUGGUGUUCCUAUUAAGGCUAGAGAUAUUUUGGGAGAUCUUAAGCUCAAAGAAAGUGUGAAGACUUACACCAAUUGGCCCACAUUUCCUCAAGUGUUUAUAAAUGGAGAGUUCGUUGGAGGGUCAGACAUCCUUCUUAAUAUGCAUCAGAAGGGCGAACUCAAAGAUUUGCUGGUGGGCGUCAAUCCAGACGGCAACCAAGGCAGGACCUGAGAAUAAAUAAACCAAGUGUUUCACAGUCGGAAUUUUUCAAGUGUUUUGUAGCUGGCGGCGGAUGAGAUGAUUCUUUUGUUAUCGGCAUUGAAUCAGACCCCUGCUAAAAGCUCAUUUGGCAACAUAAAGAAGCUCAACAUUCUACUCAGUAACUGUCUAGACUGUUCAAUGAUGUGGAUUUGUAGUGCUUUAUGUCUGGUAACAUAAAAUAAAAUGAGAACACCUGAGAAGUCUUAAAUAUCUAUUUCGUGUAAUAUUUUACUGUUUACAGGUUGAAUAUGCAUUCUUAAAUAAUAUAAUCUCAUGUAUACACCA